AUGCCGUGUCUCCCUUUAGCUCGUAGGCAGAAGAUGCCCAGUGAGUAUGAGUCGGUGCUGGAGAAAAUUCUCAUGGUGGAUCAAAUUUUGUCUGAAUUUCUUCUGAGUAAAGAAGAGCUUGAGGAGGUGAUGAGGAGGAUGAAGAGAGAAAUGGAGAGGGGGCUGCGGGUGGAGACGCACGAUGAAGCUAGUGUCAAAAUGCUGCCCACUUAUGUUCGCUCCACACCUGAAGGUUCUGAGGUGGGUGAUUUCCUGGCACUGGAUCUCGGGGGAACCAACUUCCGGGUGAUGCUGGUGAAAGUGGGUGAGGAUGAGGAGCGGGGCUGGAAAGUGGAGACAAAACACCAUAUGUACUCCAUACCAGAGGAUACCAUGACUGGUACCGCUGAAAUGUUGUUUGACUAUAUUGCCACCUGCAUAUCUGACUUCCUGGACAAGCACAGUCUCAAACACAAGAAGCUUCCACUGGGUUUUACCUUUUCUUUUCCAGUCCGUCAUGAGGAUUUGGACAAGGGCAUUCUGCUUAACUGGACAAAAGGCUUCAAAGCUUCUGGUGCGGAGGGCAAUAACAUUGUGGGUCUGCUGAGAGAUGCCAUUAAAAGGAGAGGGGAUUUUGAAAUGGAUGUGGUUGCUAUGGUGAAUGACACAGUAGCCACUAUGAUCUCAUGCUACUAUGAAGACCGCAGCUGUGAAGUUGGCAUGAUAGUAGGUACCGGCUGUAAUGCGUGCUAUAUGGAGGAGAUGCGUACAGUGGAGCUGGUGGAGGGGGAGGAGGGCCGGAUGUGUGUGAACACAGAAUGGGGAGCAUUUGGGGCAAAUGGUGAACUGGAAGAGUUCCGUCUGGAAUAUGAUCGUGUUGUAGAUGAAACGUCACUAAAUCCGGGAAAACAGCUGUAUGAGAAGCUGAUUGGUGGAAAGUACAUGGGAGAGCUUGUUCGUCUUGUGCUACUAAAACUAGUGAAUGAAAAUUUGCUGUUUAACGGUGAAGCCUCAGACCUGCUGAAAACACGCGGUGCCUUGGAAACCCGCUUCGUGUCCCAGAUUGAGAGUGAUACAGGGGACAGAAAGCAGAUUUAUAACAUCUUAAGUUCACUGGGAAUCUUACCUUCUGAGCUGGACUGUGACAUCGUACGACUGGCAUGUGAGAGCGUUUCUACACGAGCGGCCCACAUGUGUGGGACCGGACUCGCUGCCGUUCUCAACCUAAUGAGAGAACGACGUUGUCAGGGGGAACUGAAGAUCACAGUGGGAGUCGAUGGCUCUGUCUACAAACUACACCCUCGUUUCAAGGAAAUGUGCCAUAAACUUGUGUGGGAAAUGACACCACACUGCCAAAUUACCUUCAUCCAAUCAGAAGAAGGGAGCGGUCGGGGUGCGGCUCUCAUUUCCGCUGUUGCCUGCAAGAUGGCCGGAUGCAUGCUGACGCCAUGA